UUUCCACACUCCGUAAAAAUGAAGCUCAACAUCUGGCAAAAGGCAUUAAAGUUGACCGCUAUUGAUUUUUUCAAAAACACCAGCUUAACUGGAUUUAAACUUUUGUCCUUUCUUGGACACUCAAAGUUUUUGCAGUCCAUUUGGAUUCCUUUUUUACUAACUGGAGUUAUAGCAGGUACCUUCAUCACGGGCCAUUGUUUAUAUUAUUUUCAAUUAAAUCCAACUGUGACGUAUGUGAACUCUUUUCGUCAUCCAGUUUCGGAAGUUCCUUUUCCCGGAGUUUCAAUAUGUAGUGUUAAUAAAAUAAGCAAACGUGCAAUUUUGGAAUAUGCAAGAAAUAUCAGUGAACUACACAAAGAUCUCGAUGAAAAUGUUCUUUUAGAACGAUUUGAACUUUUUGGAGGAUUGUUCGAUAGCUCUGGAUUCGAUAUUGACAAUGCAUACGAUUUACAAGUAUUUCUCGACACCACUCUAUCUAUAAAACCCGGCUUUUUUGAUAUUUAUGAACUACUGAUCAAAUUGGCUCCUAAGUGUGAGGAACUACUUCGAAAAUGUAGCUGGGCUGGAAAAAUCUACCCCUGUGAAGAACUUUUUAGACGUGAAGUGACACCAGAAGGAUUUUGUUGUUUGUUUAACUACAACAGAUUGGGCCGGAAGAUAAAUGAAACAUUCAUAAAAUAUUUAGAUGUUUUUGGAAAAGACAUGGGCCUGAAAGUACUGUUGAACACUUCAUUGGAUGACAAUUUUUACAGUCAACGAAGCACUACUGGAUUUAUUGUUCAAAUAUUUAACAGUAUUUUCUAUCCAGAUAUUUUAACAGGAGAAAUGUCUGAAUUCCCAGUUUCACCAAACACUGAUGUGCUGCUUCCAUUGCAGAUAAAUUUUCAGAUCACUGAUGACGAAGUUAGAAACUAUAAAGUUGGGCAAAGGCGUUGUUAUUUUGCAGACGAAUUGCCAAAAGAAUAUGGCAUGCAAUACAGUCAGCCAGAAUGUCUGUUAAAGUGUAAACUUCAAAACAUUCAAUCUCUUUGUAAUUGUAUUCCGUUUUAUACGCCAAGAGAUUUCAUUGAACCUCCUGUUAGUUACUGCAAUCUAGCAAACUUGGAAUGUUUAAGUAGGUAUAAAGUAACAUGGACAUCUUAUCGACCAAUGGAGGAUUCUGUAGAAUCACAACAGGAAAUGGAAUACGCUCUGACUUGUGGUAGUUGUCAGCCACUAUGCAACAUGCUCGAAUAUGAGUACCAGUUAGAUAAAUCUGAUUUUGAUCCGGAGAAUAUUAUCUUUGAGUUAGACGAUUUCUUACACAAUGAAACUCAGUUAGAAGAUACCAGCCUUUUGCGAAUAUUUCAUGCUACACCUUAUUGUGCCCAGUAUAAGAAACAACUUAUUUAUUCAAAUAAUGGCCUUCUUGCCAAUGUUGGUGGAAUUCUCGGUAUAAGUAUAGGUUGUUCGUUGAUGAGUUUGAUAGAAAUUGCUUACUACACAACAAUUAAGUCUUUUAAAUACUUAAAGAGGUUACGUGAGACCAGAGCCAUUGGCAAAAAUUGAAGUAAUCGUUGGAAAACCUUAAUGUUAACAAAAUUCAAAGGUCAAUACAAUAAUUUAAUACAAAAAUG